UUUGUGUGUGUUCAUCUUCAUCAACCCAACUUCACUCAGCUGAUUGCAGUCUCAGCUCUUCUCUUCGAUAAAUUUUGGGCAGAAACAGUCACCACCGUUGCUUGGAACCGAGUUGGGUCGUUCAAUUCCUCAACUAAAUGUGAAAAUGGAAGAAGGUCUUCGAGUAUCUGAGCAUCUCUUCGUCAAUAAGGAUCUCUUCGGUGGUGAUGUCAAAAUUUCUGGUGAAGAAGAUACAUCAGAGAGUUCCAAUGUCAAAAGGAAAGUUGAAAGUCUAUUCUCUGUCAUGAGAAAGAGAACAUGUAGGCACAAGUCUGUUGAUGAUGAUAUGUUUCCGGAUUUAGAUAAUAAUGCAGAUAUUGGUGAUGGUGAUGAGGAUAUACGAAAUUGUCUGAGACCUGAAAGUGAUUUCUGGUUUAAAAAUCUUAUGGAUAAUCCUUAUGAUCCUCUGGAUGAGGGUUCAAUUGUAGACGCAAGUGGCAGUGACACAGACAUAUCUGAAUCUUCAGAGUUUGAUGUUAUAUCAGAGCAUGUUCCUGAAGACAAUGAUUUGAUAACCGGAUCGAAAUCUUUGUCUAUAUGGUCCAGUGAGGAUGAUGGAACUCUGGUUAGUAAGUGGUCUUCAGAAACUCAUAACGAGAAGAAUGAUGUAAGGUCUAAAGAAGAUUCAGGUGUCCCAAGCAAUUCUGAUAUUUUCAAGAAUGAUGGCGACAAAUCAUCUGCAAUUGAAGUUAGAUGUGGAGAUGAAAUCAACAUGCAGGGGUCUAUGGAGAUAAUGUGCAUCAAUGAUGAUCAUAGACUGUGGAAUAAAGACGAUGAACCAAUACCGAUCAGCAUUGUUCCUCCUAAUGGCUGCGAAAGCUUAUUGCUAGAAACGUGUUCACGUCAUCAGAUCGACAGAUGUAUAAAUGAAUACAACGUUCAUGAGGAUAAUAUUGGUCUUGAAAUCUCUCCAAUACCUUUAACAAAAACUCUUGAAAGACCUAGAAGGCCAUGGUCAGUUUGUUGCUCUAUAGCUGCACUCAGAAACUUACCUCUAAUGGAAGAUAGCUCAGGUGCUUGUACUUCUUUGGAUGAACAAUUAUAUGCAAAUGCUACUACCUCUGAGGAUAGGGACGCAGAACUUUCUCAACCCCCAUCAACUCUAUAUCAGGAAGAAGUGGAUGGUGAAGAAGAGAUUGACAUUGAUGCAAUGAUCCGCAAAUUGAAUCUAGUCCCAGAUGAUUCAGAUUCAUGCUUCAACAGGGAAGAAUGGAACAUGUCUAAGCACCCAAGACAUGCAUUAAUUGGAUUGGAACAAUGCACAAGAACUUCAAUGCAAAGAGCAAUUAUGUUUCAUGGGGCAAUUGCCGUCCUGCAUUGUCCUGAUUCAAAGCAUUUUGUCAGAAAACGCGAGGUAAUUAUUGGGAGAUCAUCUGGUGGCCUGAAUGUUGACAUUGACUUGGGUAAAUAUAAUUAUGGGAGCAAGAUAUCUCGGCGUCAGGUGAUCCUCUUCCCCUUUCCCAAAUUAAAUUUAGUUUACCUCCUUGCUAAUUAGUUGCUAAUGUGCUAUACUUUUCUGUCUCCAUGUUUUGAACAAGGCAUUGGUUAAGCUAGAGAACUACGGAUCAUUCUCUCUAAAGAACCUUGGAAAGCAACAUAUCCUUGUAAAUGGCGGAAAACUCGAUAGAGGCCAGAUUGUAACCCUCACAUCGUGUAGUUCAAUCAAUAUUAGAGGAAUAACCUUUGUGUUCAAGAUUAACAAAGAAGCAGUGGGACAAUUCUUGAAGAACAACACACGGAGGAAGAGCGAGGACGACAAUAAAUUCAGAUGGUGUGAAUAGAUUCUGUGAAUACCUUUAGCUAUACCACUCUCUUCAUAGUCUUAGUGACCCAUCCGCAUGAUUUAAAUGUCCCACCUGGCUUAGGGUUAGGAGUUUAAACACCUAAUACCAAUGGAUGAAUGAUCCCAUCGAUUAUCUUAUUUUCGGUUUAAUUAAAACGUAAUUGAUAUUUUUCGGUUUAAAAGUGAUGGUUUAGUCAAACCAGGAUUUGAGCGUUAAAAUUAAAACUGCG